UUCCUAUCAAAAAAAGCGAGACAAAAAUAUUAAGAUUUAAUUUGUCCCGAAUAUUAUUUUGAGUAAAUUUAUCUGAAUUAUUUUUCAGCUUUUAAUUAUUUCACAGUGGGUAACCAAGCAGAAACAGAAGUAAAAUAUUACAUUGUUUGUUUGGUCAAAUUUUAAAACAAAAAUAUGCACAAAAUCAUAUACUAAAACCAAUUAUUCAUACUUUAUGAUUUUUUCGUUCAGGUUAGAAGUACGCAAAGAAAAGCGACAAUAAUUUUUAAAAUAUGAAGAUUCUCAUUAUUCUUGGAUUUCUUCUCGUCGCCAUUUAUGGACAUGUGAUAAAAGAUAACGUCUUGUUCGAAGCACUUACCGGAGACGCUGAGGAUGAAGAGAUUGGCACCCCAGAUGACGCCGCUUCUGGUGAAGGAAGUGCCCUACAAUAUGCUAACACUGACACAAACCCCACACCAGCUACAUCCGGUAAUUCCAAUGUAGGAAGUGCUGGUCAGGCUGCACCUUCACAGCCACCAACUGCAAAAGCUAGUGGAGCAAACACACCUGCCCCACCUCAGGCUACGCAGGCACCGAAACCCACUGCAAAAACUAUUAGCACAGUAUCACCACCUCAAAAUGUUCCAUCAAGUUAUGCACCAUAUAUCCUUCAAGCUCAAGCUCAAGGCUCAGGGUGCUUUGCUACGUUUGCAUCUGAAUCGCAAAAGGCUGAAAGCGUAAAACAAAAGAAUGUUGCGUAUAAUAACUUGCGAGGUUGCCUGUCCAGUAAAUGCAAGUUUAACAAGUGCAAUUUGAAAUUGAAGAAGUGUUUCGGUCACUCAUCAACUGAACAACACAAAUACAAAUGCUGGUACAAGUGGUUCCCUUGCGUAAGCAAGAAAUGUUCAAGCAACCUAUAAUGACUAUGGAAAAUGUUUAAUGGCAAAGCUAGUUAGCUAUACUAAUUGGAUUUUAAAUUUUGACUUACGCAUAAUAGAUUAAUCACGUAUUUACACAAUUUUAACUAGUUCUUUGUAGCUGUUUGGCUAUUUAAAGUAUAGAUAAUAAUUCAGUAAAUAUAUACCAAAAAUAA